AUGUGAUGGGGAAAAUCAUUUCAAUUUCUUCGUCAUACGAGUCUCCGUUUCGUGUGUGGAUCGGUCCAUUACUUAUAGUGGUGCUCAAAAAUCCUGAGGAUAUACAGAUAGUGCUCAAUAGCUCCAAGACUCUGGGGAAGGAUCCGCUCUACAGGUUCUUCAGAAAUACUGUCGGCACUGGUCUCUUCUCUGCACCAGUUGAUAAAUGGAAGAAAAACCGCAGAGCUAUCACGCCUGCUUUCAACAACAAACUGUUGGAACAAUUUGUGCCAGUUUUCAACCAGCAGAACAAACUGCUGGUGGAGAAGUUGGCGCCUCAUCUGAACAAAGCGGAGCAAUUUGAUUUGUUCGACCUGAUCAGUCCUGCCACUCUCGAUAUUAUCUGCCAGACUGCUCUGGGAAUUGAUGUCAAGGCACAAGACAAUCCUGAAUGUGAAUUCGCUCAAGCGCUCUACAG